AUGACAAUCUCAAACUCACAAACCAGAACUCAAUCAAGAUCAGAAUCACUACCGAAUCGUCAAACCAAAACCAUCAAACAUAGAUUACCCAAAAGAAAAGUGGAAGAAGUUUGGAAACCAUUAUCAAUUAAAAGUUGUGAAAUCUUAGAAGAAACUUUAAACCAAUCAAUCAAAUCAUCUAUAACUUCAGAAUCAGAAACUCAAUCAAUCCAAAGAAUUCAAAGACGUGCACAAACCCUUACAAAGAAAAUGAGAGUACCAAUAGGAGUUUAUAGUGGAAUCAAACUUAAUUCUGAAGGUCAAGUAGAGAUGAUCAGUUUAGAAGAUUUGAUGAAGAAAAAUAAAGAAUUAGAGGUUUUGAUCGAUCGUAAAGAACGUGAACGAAAUCCAAAGUCCAAGGGAUGA